GGUAGGACAACAGGGAGGGAGGUGGAUGGGUUUGGUGAGGGAGAGCUAGGGAAAGCAGUUCCACGAACAGAAGGAGGGACAUGGCCUGGUGACUAAACUCUCAGAAGGGGUGGAGAAAGGGAAGGGAGGGACAAGAUGAGAGGGGGGGUGGGGAAAAAAACCUGCAUGUCAAGUCUGAGGAAAUGCUGUGAGAACUGCAGCCAGACCUAAUUUUUUUUUUCUUCUCCCCUCGUGUAACUGAGAGGAAGGAAAGGAAGAAGGAGAAGUAACUUGCUCAAAUGUGCCUCGUGCGGGGGCUGGGGCUUGGGGAGUUGGUGUGGAGGAUCUAAUUUCUACUCCAGUGGCAGCCGGAGGAGCAGCAAAGGGAGGCAGAGACCCACACCCAGACAUGCCCAUCUCAGCAGGCUGGUGGCUUGUUCUCCUCAGCCUUUUCACCACUGACAAACAGUUAUCACUACAGAUUGCUCUACCAUGUGAAAGUGAACAAUAUUAUGAGUAUGCUGGAAGAUGCUGCAGAAAGUGUGAGCCAGGAAAGUAUAUGUCUGCUAAAUGCACUGCCACUUCUGAGACAGCAUGCCAGCCUUGUGGUCCAAAUGAGUAUAUGGACACCUGGAAUGAGGAGGACAAAUGUUUACUUCAUAAAAUAUGUGAUAAAGGGAAAGGUUUAGAAGAAGUGAAUCCAGGCAACAGGACAUUCCAACGGCAAUGUGCAUGCCGUGCAGGAUACCACUGGGAUGAUGCGUGGGAUGGCUGCAAACGAAAUACAAUAUGCGCUGCAGGGUUUGGAGUUGAGCAUCCUGUCCAGCAAGACAAGGAUACCGUAUGUAAGCCAUGCCUCCCAGGGUACUACUCAGCUGUCUCUUCACCCACCGAGGGGUGUAAGUCCUGGACCAACUGCACGGCUCUGGGCAUUGCAGUCCAAGUUCCAGGGACCACGUAUUCAGAUGCAGUGUGUGAGGAGUUGAAGAGGUCCAACCAGCCAGAAGACACAAACAAGAUCUUUUAUGUAUUGAUUGUUGUACCAGUUCUUGUGGCAUUAAUUGGCAUCAUUAUCCUUAUUGUCUACUACAAAAAUAAAGGGAAGGCACUGACAGCAGAUCUACAGCACUGGGCAAAUCAACUAUGCAGGCAAAUAAAAGGGAAAAAGGAAUCCCCCAAAGAUCCCUGCCUAAACCCAAACGUGGCAAAUGCUACUAGGCCUCAGCGUUCGGAAGGAAUGUAUUUGCUAGCCCAUGCUGACAGUUCUUGUUCCGAAGACGCAUGUUGCCCAAAUGGGCAUGCUCUGUGUAGAAAUGGUAGCCCAGACGCAGUCCACUAUGAAUCUGGAGAGAACACAACCUUGUCUUUAGUAACUGAGUUGAAAGAUGACCGUUUCAGGCAGGGUCCCAUGGAGGAUGAAUAUGUAGAUAGAGCUCCCCAUGCCACUGGUUAUUUCCCUUUGAGCCAGUCUGACAGCAAAUCACUAUCACCAUUUUCAGGGCCGCUGGAGGUGGGGGAGAACGAUAGCUUGAGUCAGUGCUUCACAGGAACUGAAAGCAUGGUGGACUUGGCAGGUUGUUAUAGCUCUGAUGCUUCAUAUGGAGCAGACUGCAUCCAUGCAUCCUCAGACAAAAGUCUGCAGCAGUCUUGCAACUGUACGUACACUCAUGUGAAGGAAACAGAAAGCAAGGAUACAAAUCACUUCUGGAUGAACCCUGACUCUGGGUACAGCUGCAAAAGGUGUGGUGUUUCAUGUAGAGAAUCUCCCAGAAAGGGGAGGCAACCCCACUGUCCAGCAGUAGACAGCACCAUGGCCUCUCCAGAAAAUGGACCUUACCCACAAUGUGCAUGUGGCCUGGACUUUCUCUCUGCUGGUCAGAGUACUUUAGCAAGUGAUCAAAGCAUUGAAGGUGAUUCCUCAGACAGUCCUGACACAAAGCACCAGAAGACAAACAGAAGUACUUCGGGAGCUAAUUGUAACACCUCAGACCUCCCUCCUGCAUCAGGAAAUGUGACUGGAAACAGUAACUCUACAUUUAUCUCAAGUGGACAAGUAAUGAAUUUUAAAGGUGAUAUAAUUGUUGUCUAUCUUAGUCAAAACUCCCAGGAGGGACCAACCACCACUGGAGCAGCUAAUGAGAAUGUGGGGAGCCCAGUUCAAGAGGAAAACCUGAACCGUUGCGAGACUUUUGCUGGCAACACUCAGCAUUACAAAGAAAAGUAUGCUGAAAUCAAUCUAACUUGCCCUGUGGAAAAUGGAGAACUAAACAGCACUGGGGAAUAUCAUAGGUGUCCAGGGCCUGUGGCUCAAGAAGAGAGCCAAGACUGCCAAGGCAGGAACUGCUGCCCCAAGGGAGCCUCUCAGCCAGUGCAAGAGGAGGGACAACCAGGGCAGUGCUCAGAGAAAGCACUACUCUGACAUGAAUCAAUGCCUCGCUAAUGUUUGGCGAGAACACCAUUCCUCCAGGGACACUGAAGAGCAGCCCACAAGCACCAGGGACAGCUGUGCAGCUGUGCUGUCAGCUGAUAGUCCAGGUGACUGAGGCACACUCAUCAGCUCUGGGUCCUGCGCUAUUCCUGGCACCGCUUGGAAACUUUAUACAGUGGAAAGGACAGGCCUCAUGGCACGUGCCUGUGAUGCUGGCGCUGUGGAAAGUACGCAUGGAGACAGACUCUCAAGUGUGUAAAGCUGCCUGUGGUGCUGUUGCUGCAGGAACGUCUUUGCAAUUGUACUGUCUGUUCUAGACUCUCAGUCCUUUUCUUUGCAGAGACGAUGACGGGUGGCAGGGUGAUUGGGUCAAUGGUAACUGUACUCGGAGGGGGGCCGGCAGCCUGCCCUAGUGUGCAGGCAAGCAAGACCUCAGGCCCGGUGUGUGCUUCUGCAGUGUGAACAGGGAUGACUAAUAUUCUGAGAGCAGCCUGUCAACACUGACCUAUAUCUUUUUAUCCCUGACUGGCAUCCAAACAGGGAAAGAUCAAGCCAAACUGUUUUGCAGGGCCUUGUUCUUCCCCUGUGCCUCUUUAGGGGCUGGCCAUGAUGGCAGCCCCAUGCAUUCAGGAUUAGUUGGCACCUACCCCACUCUACUAAAGACAGCCAUGGCCUCAGCCUUUCCUAGGAAAAUCAGUGCUCCGGGUCUUGAGGCUAUGUUGCCUGUCAGCGCUGGAGCUCUGCCAAGCAGGGUGUUGGCUUUUAGGUAUUCUGCUCUGACUGAAGUGCAAAGGUAUGAUCUUUGCAACAGGCAACCAGAAGGGGUGUGCCUUAGAGCAUAUCUGAUGCCUUUUACGUGAAGAGCAGCACAGCUCUUGGCUUCUACACACUGCUGCAUCACUGCUAUAACUCCACGUGAAUCAGGACCUUGGGAGUGGGGGUUCUUGGUGGCCUGUUCCUUGAGAUCCCAGAAGUCCAGGGCACAGCUCCAGCUGUGAGGUAGAUGCAUUUCCUGCAGGUGCAUGGAGCAGGCAGCACAUGAGGCCAGCACAUGUUUUACUUCCUUGAGUCCUAGGAGUGGCCCUUCUUCAGGAAGGUUUUCUUUUAAUUAAGCAGAGGUGUAGCCGGGGUGGGGGACUACCACUGUAGUAUACCAGUACAGACUAGGGGAAGAGGUGGGGAAGGGCAGAUGGACAUGGGUGAGGGGGGAAGGGAAGGCUUUCCUUCCCAGGGUACAGCAGCAUCAGCUCUUUAGCUGUAGCAGCCCUGUGGCCUGGCUCCCUGUGAGCCAGUGCCCUGUUUGCUCCUUCCCUAUACAUACAUACUGGGCAUGAGGCUGCAAUGCUCCCCCAGGGCGUGGGAGCAGGGAGGGAGCACCAUCCUACUCACUCCACUUGUUCCUGAUGCACACUUGGUGCGGCACUACCCUACGGGGUUCCUGCAGCCGGGCAGAGACAGUUCAGGAUUGCCAUGGCAGACUUCAAGCAGGGGUGAUCCUUGUGCCCCCUCAUAGUUGGUACCCGGGGCAGGUGCUCCACUUGCUCCCCCACCAGUUAUGCUACUGUAAUUAAGACAAGGUGCAGCCAGUUGCUCUUCCAGUGACCAAAAUGAAUCUGUUCUGUGUAUGUGAGGACCUUUCUCAGGCCUGUGCCUGCCCAAGCAGGCCUGCCAUUUUCCACGGACACUUGUGUUAAUGAAGUCAGGGCAGUUAAGCUGCACAGAUGUGUCCCUGCAGCUGGCCCCAUCUGAGCUCCAAUCCAAGUUUCAACUCCAGACCUCUACUAAAAGGUUGAGCCUUUGCUGCUUGAGUUAAAAAGCCCUGGAUUCAAAGGCUCCUGAAGACAAUGGAGAGACGCCAAGUUAUGCCAGUGGGUUUUGGAUCAGACCCCAAGACCCUGAGCAUCAUUAACCUCUCUGGGCACAGACAAAUGUACAUUUGAAGCAGUUUCAAAAGGGGAGAGAGCUGCUGCUUAGUAGCUUGCAGCAGCUGUUACUUCUAGCAGUUACAUGUGCACAAGCUGAGAGCAAUACAAAUGUAGCAAAAGAGCUCCAGCUUUAAUUCUACUCCAUCCAAGUGCAUGUUUGUCUAGGCCCUACGUGAGCUAGCCACUAGAGUACUGCUUCUCAACCAGGGUGCUAUGAGGUCCUUUUAAGGGUGCUGUGGGAAGCCACUCAAUAUUGGCACUUUCAGGUGUGCAAACACCUACACACAAGUCACAAGACAAACCCAAAGAUUUCAAAUAGGAAUCCAGAGUGCCAAAAGCUUUCUGUCCUUUUGUGGUCUUUCUGAGUUUGCACAUUUUUUCAGCUCUCUUCUCCUUAAGGGAGACUUCCAGGGCACAGAGGCUGGACUGGUUGAUAUUUUUGUUGAGGAGAAGCAGAGCAGAGCUCCUUCUCCAUGCAACACUUGAUAAAAUAGCUGCUUUACAGCCUAGUAAGGCCUAUGGAUAGAUGGGAUGAAAUCAUGGCACCAUCAGAAUCACUGGGAGUCCAUGUCCCACUGAGUUCGGUGAGGCUACAAUUUUAUCCAUAGAAUCCUGGGAUCCUUGUGGAACAAAGCUUGGAAAGGGAUCUAAAAAUGAAGACAAAAAAGGAGCAUGUCAACACAGGCAUGAUGAUGAUGCCAGUGUUGGAAAUGUAACCAUACUUUUCCUUGUCCCUGGCUGACCCCAAAGGGAAAUUGUCAAUCCAUGGGCAUUGCCCUGCUGUGCUGUGUAGGUCCCAUACCUGGCUGCUCAGUCUCACUGGCCCAGAAGAAAUGUCUGCAUCUUUUUGAUUCAAUUUGUAAGCUCUCCGGGGCAAGGACUGUCUUUUAAUGUGUUUGUACCAUGAGGCUUAACAGAAUAAGCCUCCAUCUUGGUGCUCGGGCUGCUAUCGUAAUACCAAUAACUAAUGAUAAUAAACUCCUAAAGCUUUCUUUGA